AUGUCUAAUGAAAAUGAUGAAACUAUGGAUGCAAGUUCUUCGGAAAGUGAAAACGAAGAAAUGGACGAAGGUGAAGAAGGGAGCAAUGAUGAGGAUCAACAACCUAAAACUUACUUGCCAGGUCAACCCUUAAAAGAUGAUGAACAUCUUGUUUGUGAUCAGUCAGCGUACGUUAUGCUACAUCAGGCACAGACUGGUGCCCCUUGUCUUAGUUUUGAUAUAGUCACGGAUAAUUUAGGUAAUGACAGAAAUGAAUUUCCAAUGGCCGCAUAUUUAGUAGCUGGGACACAGGCGUCUAGCGCACAUCUUAAUAGUGUGCUUGUAAUAAAGAUGUCAAACUUGCAUCCUACGUCAAAAACUGAAGAUGAAGAUUUAGAAUCAGAUGAUGAUGAUGAUGAUGAAGAUGAAGAUGAAGAAAAAAAACCACAUAUGACUUUCUCAUUUAUCAAACAUCAAGGCUGUGUAAAUAGAAUAAGGGCAACAAAUUUUAAAAACUCAGUUUUAGCUGCAAGUUGGUCAGAACUAGGUAUAGUGGACAUUUGGAAUAUAACACAACAAUUACAAGCUGUUGAUGAUCCAGCUCUUCUCGAAAGGUACAAUCUUGACACUGUAGCAAACCCAGUUAAACCACUUUACUCUUUCAAUGGACACCAACAAGAAGGCUUUGGUAUUGAUUGGUGUCCUACAGAACCAGGUGUCCUAGCAACAGGUGAUUGCAGGCGAGAUAUACACAUUUGGAAACCUAAUGAAGGUGGUACAUGGACAGUAGAUCAACGCCCUCUUGUGGGACACAGCAGCUCAGUUGAAGACAUACAAUGGUCGCCUAAUGAACGCAAUGUACUGGCGUCGUGUUCUGUCGAUAAGACAAUAAGGAUAUGGGAUACACGCGCACCACCACACAAAGCGUGUAUGCUGACGGCCGAAAAUGCUCAUGAAAAUGAUAUCAACGUUAUUUCAUGGAAUAAUAAGGAACCUUUUAUUGCAAGCGGUGGCGAUGAUGGAUUUCUUCAUAUAUGGGAUUUAAGGCAUUUUACAAGCAAUUCCCCAGUAGGAACAUUCAAGCAUCAUACAGCUCCAAUAACAUCAGUAGAAUGGCACUGGACGGAACCAAGUGUGUUAGCGUCAGCAGGAGAAGAUAAUCAAGUUGCUCUGUGGGAUUUAGCAGUCGAAAGAGAUGAUGAUGAUGUUGUUGACGAAGAGUUGAAGAAUUUGCCACCACAAUUACUAUUCAUUCAUCAAGGACAAACAGAUAUAAAGGAGCUCCACUGGCAUAAGCAAAUUCCAGGAGUAAUCGUGACAACAGCUCAUACUGGUUUUAAUAUAUUUAAAACAAUAAGUGUAUAA